CACGCACCAACCGACACCGGCCACCGACCGACGACCUGACACAUGUCUCGUGAGUGUGUCCUCUCUGCUGUGCUGCUCGUGUGAAGCAUGGCGCGCGGUCCGGGGCGGCAAACGGGUCAUCAUCCACUCACAUGCAUCUCGACACGAAAAUCAGCAGACAGGCAGACAGGCGUUCACAUUUCAACGGGACGGGCAUACCGAUGUGAUGGUAUGCCGUCUUGGGGUGUGUAAAUGGCAUAAGAAGACAUGCAUGUACGCAACGCCGACCGACACUACAUACACGCCGCCCUUCCCUCGUGCGCCCCUCUCUCCCUCCCCCUUGCAGCACGCAUAAAGCAGCGCGGCAGCCAAACGUUAGGUGCCUCGAAAACAGGCCAUGCCAACGGAUGAAUGGGCGCAACGGACAGACGUAUAUACACGUGUACGCAGGUGAAUGGAUGAAUGCGGCAAUCAUGCAGGCAGGCAGGCAGACAGACACACAAACAGGCAGGCAGGGAGGAGAUGAAUAAGUGUAUGCAUUCAUCACCCCACCGCAACCACACACAAGCACCACACGCAAACCUCACACACAAAACAGGCACUUUAUGAAUAGACGGCCAUGCCCCAAGACGGUCACACCAUCACAGCACACGCACCAGACAAGCACAUAGGCACACACGGACUAAAGGGAAGAGGGGGCGGGCAAGGAGGCACCGGGCAGCAAUCAGGAGGUGAGCAAGCACGGUCGCGCGAACAAGCACAGGAUGAGUAAGUCAGCGAAUUGAUAAAUUGGUCAGUCAGGGCAAUGCAUCAAUGGCCACACAGCACGACAGACAGCCAGACAGCGGAGGAAACACACAAGCAGACACACAUCACAUCACACACUGACGUCUCACACGCCAUCCACGCACUCCCCUACUCCUCCUUACUGACCUGUUUGUGUCCACGGCUGCCUACGAGCACAAAUGCGUGGCCCUACGGUGUGUGCGUCUCUACGUGUCAACGUGUCAACACGGGUGUGUGUCUGUCUGUCAGUCUGUCUGUCUGUCUGUCUGCAUCGGCAGGUUCAAAUACUGAGAGAGGGACAGCUGGAUAGUGGGUCGCCCCAACACCCGGCCCACCUGCCCCUCACUCACUCACACACACAGCCAGCCAGAGAGAGAGAGAGAACAAAGCAUGCACGUAGACGAAGAGACAGGGCAAAUUGAGACGACUAAACGGCUCGGAAGCAUGUGUGUAUGUGUUAUCCGUACACGCACUCAGUGUGUGUGUGUGUGUAUGUGUAUACACACACACGUAUAUACGUACGGGACGAACUGUAUACGACCUUCUCCCAUGCAUCGUGUACUGGGCGACCACGAUAAGAGAAACGGCCAGACAGACAGACAGACACGGCGGGAAACACGAGCCAUCCACCAAUAUGGAUGCAUGGCGAGGCGAGCAGGCGGGCGAUCAACGCGUUGAAAAACUGCCGCAGACUUGUGUACGCGAGCAGAGAUCCAUCUCAUGUGUGAGGGGGGAGGGGCAGCAGCACCAACCAUCGAGCACUCACUCACCCAGAUACAAAGCGUGAAACCAAUCAAUCAGCCAACCAGCGAGAGAGCGAGAAACCCGUCACAUCCGUCAUGUGGGCUCACUGUGCUGCACGCACGCAGAUAUCGAUGCGCAUACUGCCGUGUGUGUGUGUUUGUGUGUACGUCACCUGGCUGCUCCGCUGCUGUCAGGCACACACGCAAUGCACGAGACCACAGAGGGCCGUGCAGAAUACAAAGGGACAAUCACAUCGAGCAUACGAUAUUAAUUACUCACGGCGAAUGAAUACCCAGACAGAAAUCGAGACAGACAGACAGACAGACACGCCUGACCUCCCCGCACCAGCAGCACAAAACACCCAGGAUCAAAAAGCAUUGAGUGGCCGUCCCCCCUCCCUGUGUAAGGAUCAUAUGCAGCCGUGACCACACCGGUGCGUGGUCCACGCCACGUUCCUCUUUUAGAUGGUCAGCCAGGCAGUCGAUACACGCACCACACCACACCACACCACACCACGCCACGGCACGGCACGGCACGGCAAAAAUGCGGCUCAUCCCAUCCCUCCCCACUUGACACACACGUAAGCACAUCCAUGCACACGGGCAGCCAGACAGACAGGCAGGCACCGGUCAGUCCACAGACACUCACUGACCGCAUUCAGCACAUGUAUGUGUGUAUGUAAGUGUGCACGGGCGAUAGUCACAUUUCACAACACAAAAUGUCAGUCAAUCCAUCCGGCCCCUCCGAUCGAUCGACCCAUCAGCCAGCCAGCCAGCCAUUCAACCCAACACACACCGGCACGCCACACGAAGAAAAGCGCUUGAAAGAAGCGAUAAGAUAAACGGGCGGACAGCCGUCCAGCCAGCCUUUCGUCAGCACACACUGUCACUCCUAUGAUACGGCACACCACUCACUCACUCACUGGACACUCAGGUGAUGACUGGACGGACGAGCACUCAGGCAGGCAGUGAGGCAGCCAGUCAGUGACCCACUCACUCACUCAACGACUCAGGGGCUUCCGCCCCUCCCGCGUCCUUUCUUUCCCCUCUUAGACCCCCCUAGUUGUCGCCGGUCGGCGGAUGUAUUGUCUUGGGGGAGUCCUGGGUGAGUCGCCCCUCUUCGUAGUUUUCGCGCGUCGACUGAUGGGUUGGGCUCUUUGAGGACAGGCAGCGUGUUGCCGACCUCAGCCUGGACCUCGUAGAUCUCUGACAACUCGGUGAGGACCUCUUUCUGCUCGUCAGACAUGGCAUCGAGAUUCGGGCUGACAAACACAACCAUGCAGACACGCAGAUCCAAUCCACAGUGCACAGCUCCUGCCUGCUUGUCUCCCUGCCUUCUGUUCUCACCCGUCUGUCGGAUUGUUCUUGGGCGCAUCAUCUGGCUCGUCGUCGAGGGCAUCUUGGUGCACCUCAGCCACAGACUCACCAGGCAGAUCACCGCCCUCACACACAACUGCACUCACACACGCGACACGGUCAGCGUGAAGUGAGCACCUGCCGUCUCCGUGUUGUCUGGCCCUGCACCACCGUGCAGCUCACCUGUGUUGAUGCUGAGCAGGCAAACCAGAGCCACGAGGCCAAGCAUCACCCAGUGGCGCGACAUAUCCGAUAAGAGAACGGUGUUGAGUCACGUGGAGCCGUCGGGGCAGUAAACAGGCUGACAAUCGCACACUACCAAUGGCGCGCAAUCUGAGGUGCUCCCUGAAACCACUGAGCUGACACCUCUUCGCACAGCAGCAGCGGUUUCACG